CAUGGAGCACGGUGCCAGGUGAUUGGCUCAGAUGCGCUCCCGCUUCCAUAGCGGUGAAUCUCGUGUACAGAAAUAGUGCCUCCAGCACGACCUUGUGGCGCCCAGAACCCUAAUGUAACGGCGUUUUACACAGUAGGCGAGAACAGUUCCGUGUUGACAGGCUGCAAAGGGGAGAACUAGAGCCUGGGCGGAAACAGACAAGAUGGGAAUAAAACCGGACGGGACCACCAGAACCAUGAGAUCAAAGGCUACCCGUUCUCCUCAUCAUUAUAAUGGCUCCUCCCUUCCAGAAGCCAUCGCAGACCAAGAAGGUGGCGGGGACGCCUGCCCUUCGACAAAAUUCACCAUGGGCCUUUCUGUUUGCCUUGAUCUAUAUCGCCCUCCUCAUUGUCCCCUGGGUGUUCACAUGUCUGCUGAACAAAGGGAAAUUCCAUCUCGAAUUCCCCAAGAACUAUGGCUACCACAACCUCACCUUCCGUGCCCAGCCCGAGGAUAUCACCUUCAACACCAACCUUGUGCACGCAACAGACAUCCUCAGCUACAUCACCGCCGUCGCUGCUUUGCCCGUCCCUUUGUCCGCAAAGCAGCUGUUCAGCUUAGCUGAUGGGAGGUUCAUACGUCAUCUGGGCAAUUCGUCUCGCAAUGGAUCAUGGCUCUACUUCUUUGGUUCAGGUCUUAUUGUCCUUUUCAUCAUCCAACUUCCAAUCCGGGCAAUCUUUGUGCAGCGAGAAACCAUUCGCGUAGCUCAAGGGUCCAGACCCUCCGAAUACAGCAUUAACAGCAACGAUGAGUGGCCGAGCUACGACACCCCCGGAUAUCCAAAUAUACCUACUCCCGACUAUGUUACUGGACGGCUGGUGGGAUUUGACCCAGCGCCUGCUAUCCUUGCCGCGGCAUCAAGGAACAAAGUGGUGGAAAGAACCAGAAGUGCCCUGAAGUCGCUUGCGGCUGGCGAGGUUUUAGUAAAGGCAUGGCGAGAUCGCACGGACAACACCGAUGUGGCAAGGGUGUUUGCCAGUUCCAUCUCUAAAAACACCAACACCGGCCUUUAUCGACAGCUCGCAACGCGGAUGAACAGUACCUGUCACUGCGAAAUAUCUGAUUUUCCCAGUCAAUGCGAUGACGGUGGGCUGAACUACAAGAGCGAGAAUCUUACAAUCGAAUUUUGCGUCGAUGGCCUGUUUCAGAAGAGCCCAUGGAAACUGGAGCAGUAUUUACGAGAGGACAUCACUGAGGAGUUCUACGUACGGCUCAGUCCAAAUAGGUCAAUGGUCAACAGCGGCCAGCUUCGCCCUGGGGAAGCAUAUCGUUGCGCCGGUACUAGCAGUCUCGGUUACUUCGAACUUGGCAAUCAGUUCAACAAUGGAGCGCAUGGCCCCUUGGUCUCCGCACCGUACCGGACUUUGGAGACCGCAUAUCAAGCUGGAUUCCACGUCGUUCCUGAAGAAAGCUAUCUGGGCAUCAGCAAUAUAAUAUCAGACCCAAGCCCCACUAUGCCUGGUCCUCUUGCUCUCGCGCUACUCGCCCUCUUCGGGCCGGGCUCUUUCUCCAAGAUAGCCCAAUCAAUCAAGACAGCAGAUGAUGCAGUUUCACGCACUCUAUGCCAGACUGUGCCAUUCCACUUUGAUAACUGGCAAGACGGUCUGGAGUACGUUGACAGCAUCGGUCAAGGAGGUGACAUUCAUCCAUCUGUUUGCUCAUAUGCCGCACGGAAACGAGACCCAGAAACAGGCCUGUUCACGGACGAAAUCGACUGGAGGAUGAAAGAGAAUUGGCAAGACGUGUACCUCGAUGAUCUGGUUGCGAGGCUUGGUAUAACCUAUGCCGACUAUUGGGCCGACCACACGAAACCUCCGCCUGCGGACUUUAGUGGAGUAGAUGCAACUGCAAGCCCCUGGCUAUCCAUGGCCAUGCAUUUCGCCAACCAGGCCUUGCUAGACAUAGCAAGUACGAGCUAUUAUAUCCCGACAAUGCCAAAUUCCACUGCUUACGGCGGGCAUCAGAAAUCACCCACAGGAAUUUGGAACGUCCCAGGGCUCGAAUACAACAAACCAAGCGUCUCCGCCGCAGGCGUCAUCGUUGUCAGCGUUUUGCUAGGCUUACAAGUCCUAGGAAUAUUGUUUUUGAUGGGGUACAUCUACAGCAUCCCAACCUGGACGGAUACUCUCGACUCGCUGGCUAUUGCACGCAUUGCUCACCAGUUGCCAGAUGAGGACCAAGAUCUACUCAAGGAGAUUGGGCUACGUCGUGCGAGGAGCACCGAGGUCGAAAAGCUCGGGGCCGUCGUCGGUGAGGAAGCAAGUGCAAAGCUGCUUCCCGCCAGGGACGAAGGCAAAAAAGCUCCUGAUGUUUCGGAGUCGGCGGUCUAG